CACCUGUGCUUUCACCACACCACUUGGAAAUCUUUCUGAGAUGUCCACGAGACAGAAAAAGACCCAAAGAAUGACAGAAACAUCAAAACCUCAUCCUCCCCUUCCCAAGCAGCUGCAAUAGCAUCAACCCUCCCCCCACUUGCUCCAGCAAAAGCACCGAGACCUUCCCUCCACCAAGAAUGCAAGAGCAAAGCCCCCAAACAGACCAUGAUCUAGAGUCCAUCAGAAAAACUAAUACCCCUCCCAACACUUCAGUAUCUCAGACAUGCUCCCUCUCACUAGCAAGGACAACCAACCAGAGCGGGAGACCAGUAGCUUAACUACACAGAUGGAGAAUAUGCCGGGCACAGCCCACAAGUAUUGUACAGAUACCCCAGUACCAACCGUGAAUGGGCACUACCUGCAGGAGAGUGACGAUAUGACGCCAGGCUGUGAAGAUGGCAGUGAGGGCCGAGAGAAUGGGGCAGACGAGGUAUACGAAACUGUAAACACGUCGACUAUCUCCGAUGACAGCAUUCGUUUCUACGUCAACAUGAACGUCGAACUGGAGCCAAAUGCAGAUGAAAAUGACAAUGCUGGAUGCGUCUUACUACAUACAUCCAGAAAAUACCUGAAGUUGAAGAACUUUGAGGAAGAGGUGCGAGCGCACAAGGACCUGGACGGUUUCCUCGCAAAGGCUGGAAUCUUGCUGGACGUGUCAACCCUGUCGCUCGACGAUGUUCUGCAAGAGAUGCUCAAGCACAUUAUGAAGGAAUCUGAUAACAUGGAGCCCAGAUGCAACCUGGACGAAGUGAUGGGCAGUUUAUUCACUGAUUCGAGCACUUCUCAGGACGCCAAUGCAAAUGUGCACCUCCUAUCAGACACCAUUCAAGGAGUUUCUUCGACCACAACGGGUGUUCAGUACCAGCAGUCCUGGCUCUGUCUUCUGUGCACUGUCGCAACGCUCCAGAAACGUCACGUGUGUAUAAGCCGACUAGAGAGGCCUCAGAACUGGGGGGAGAAUUGCUGUGAAGUGCGUUACGUUAUUCUCAUCCUGGUGCCAGCCAAAAUGAAAAGCACAAAGACAGCCAUUGAAGUUGGAAGGACCUUUGCCACGAUGUUUGCUGACAUGAACUUCCGUCAGAAACUCUCAGAAGUUAAAACAAAAGAGGAAUUUAAAGAGACUCUAAUUCUUCAGCGGCACCUUCUAACUGUCAUCCACAGGGAGCCGAGCAAUACAGAGGAUUCAAAGGAGAAGCAAAAUGAGCGAUCUCAGGGUUUUAAAUACUUUCGCCUGGGGAAGGGAAUGAUGAGUGACCUAAGGCGCAGGCUGCCUUUCUAUCUCUCAGACUACACCGAUGGUAUUCUUGGAAGCAAUAAGUCUAUCAGAAAGUACAUCACUACCAUCUUGUUUCUGUAUUGCAUCUGCCUACUGCCAACGAUAGCUUUUGGGUCUUUAAAUGCUGAAAACACAAGAGGGUCAAUUGAUGUGCAGAAAACCAUACUUGCCCAGUGCAUUGGAGGAGUAGCCUAUGCUGUAUUUGCUGGCCAGCCAAUGGGUAUAGUGUUAACAACUGCACCCCUGGCAUUGUACAUACAUGUUAUCCAGGGCAUCUGUGAUGACUACAAUCUGAAUUUCUUUUCUUUUUAUGCCUGUGUUGGCCUGUGGAAUAGUUUCUUUUGUAUCAUCUAUGGUGUUGGCAACGUAAGUUCAUUGAAGAAGUUUUUCAAAAGAUCGACGGAUGAGAUCCUAGCCGUCUUCAUAUCCAUUGCAUUUGUGGUGGAUGCUUGUAAAGGCUUGGCCAAAAUUUUUCAGGAUAAUUACUUCUGCCCUAACAUUCAGGGAGAGAACGAAACACUUGGCUCCAAGUUUAAUGCCAACCAUUCCCUCAAUACUACAGACCCUGAUUCUGGGGCUCUCCCCUGUGGCCGGGACACUGCUGUUCUAAGUCUCUUCCUGAUGCUUGGCACCCUGUGGCUGGGGUAUACCUUGUUCCAGUUCAAGAAAAGCCCUUUCCUGCAUGCCCGGGUCCGUGAAACCCUAUCAGAUUGUGCCUUGCCAAUAUCGGUGUUGGUAUUUUCAUUUGUGGGAUCAUACCUUUUUAGAGAUAUCAAGGUUGCCUCAUUUAGUUAUAAUCCAAAUAAAGGCUUGUUCAAUCUGGCCCCAUUUCACCUUCUCUCUGUCGGAGCAAUAUUUGGUGGAAUGGGAUUGGGCUUCCUUCUCUCCAUGCUGUUUUACUUGGAACAGAACAUUGUGAUGUCACUAACGAAUGCUCCUCAGAACAGAUUAAUGAAAGGCACGGGCUAUCACUGGGACAUCUUCCUUGUGGGCAUUGUUAACAUCGUGUUGUCCAUCUUUGGGUUGCCAUGGGUGCACUCGGCAUUCCCUCAUUCGCCUCUGCAUGUCCGCGCUCUGGCCUUCGUCGAGCAGAGAGUGGAGAAUGGUCAUCUAUAUGAGGUCAUUGUUCGAGUAAGGGAGACCCGAGUGGCGGCUCUUGUGGCCCACAUAUUGGUGGGGAUCUCUCUCCUGGGGCUACCCGUCCCUCUUCAGUGGAUUCCGAAGCCUGUCUUGUAUGGGCUCUUCCUCUACGUUUCUGUGACCUCCAUUGAUGGCUGUCAGUUUUUUGAGAGAUUGGCUCUUCUAUUUAAAGAACAGACUUCCUAUCCACCCACGCACUACAUCCGGAGGGUCCCACAGAGGAAGAUCCAUUUGUUUACCGGCCUCCAGCUAAUCGAGAUUGCUAUCCUCUGCGGCUUCGGAAUGGCCCCGAUACCAUACUUGAAGAUGGUCUUCCCACCCAUCAUGCUGGCGAUGGUCCCUGUCAGGUGCCUCAUUCUUCCCAGGAUAAUUGAAGCUAAGUAUUUGGACGCUAUAGACGCAGAGCAUUAAAGGACAGCAGAUGCUGGGCUUUGGACCUUGGAAGCUCGAGAUAAUGGGACUUAUCUAGAGGAGAGUCGGGGUCAGGCCGAAGUCUUAGUGCACUGAACGAGGAAAGUGACUGGCCACGGUGGUCAUCUUUAUCGGGCCCCUAUAAUUAAAGAGGCCGCAUCGUAUGCUCCUUUCUCUUUUAAAUUUUUUGGCACCACACUUUGGAAAUUUCUGCAGAUGAGAUUGCACAAUGGAGAUACGGCGUGGAGUGGUGGGACUGAGAGUUGAUGGGAAGGACCUUGCACAGUCUGCAGCCUUCCCAUUUACCGUCCCAUAGCUCUGGUGAUUAUAGGACCGAUAUUUCCAUUUAUAACCUCAAAAUUGCCUGGGCUUUCGCAACUAGCAUCUUUGGUACCAUCUGGAAAAAGUGAUGGGCCUGCAGGAGCAGGGAUGCUCCUUGAAAAAGUGUUGCUCCAUCCAUGUGAUGGACUGUUGUGCCCAGUCAGGGGAAGACUGUGCAUUUCACUGACGCUGUUGAACAGGAGAAUUCUUGUCCCUCCUCCUGGUGUAAGCCAUAAACCAAAUCUUGGAGAUGGUGUGUGUGUGUGUGUGUGUGUGUGUGUGUGUGUGUGUGUGUGUGUGUGUGUGUGUGUGUGUGUGUGUGUGUGUGUGUGUGUGUGUGUGGCUCACGGUCCCUUUCUUUUGCUUGCUCUCCCUUGCUCUCACUCUCAUUCUCCACCCCCCCCCUCUCUCUCUCUCUAUACAGUAUGCAUCUUCCAUGGCUGUAGAGUUGCAAAUGGGUUGUACAUGUAAAUGGUUUGUUUCUACCACAAUGCGAUAACUCAAAGCUUGUCUGAUACUGUAAUAUAUCAUUAUGACACUGAUUAUUAGUUUUUUGAUGCCUGAUUGAUAUUGGCAUUGGUGAAAAAAAUUAAAAUACUGGAAAUGUUUUCUAAA